CGGCCCGUCGCGUCCCCCGCGCCUCCAUUUCCAUGACAGACAAAUUAUGACAAUGUCGAUGCCUAAAGUUUAGAAAAUGUUGUGUUAUUGUAAAUAUUUUAGUGAAAGUUUCUGAAAAUAAGUAUUGUGAGGACUAAUAAUGAAUCCAGAUCACCAUAAUAUCAACACGGGUGGUGGCCAACCUCCUGGAAGUUCGGAGUCUCAAAAUCAGAGAGUCCAAAAUGCGCAACAACAACAGCAGGGUAACAAUUUACCCGCUACAACAUCGGCGACUGAUCUCAGAGUAAAUUCUGCGGCAGUAAACGUUGCUUUGUCUAGCGUCGCCAAAUACUGGGUAUUUACAAAUCUCUUUCCUGGACCUUUACCACAAGUUUCUGUUUAUGGCCUCCCAACGGGUGCUAGAAUUGAAAAUGGAAAGCCUGUUCAGUUGUUACAGGAUCUCGGACAAACGCAUGCCAGCAUACUCAAUGGUGAUCCCAAUAUUAUAUUGGGACACCAUGCUGGCCAACCUCAAGUCACAGUUUCAGCAGCUGGGGCUCAACAAAUACCAGUUUCACAGAUAAUUGCUACUCAAUCAGGACAAGCACAUGAUGCACUGGUGGCUCACACUCAACAGCAGGAACUUGCUGCGCAGCAAGCGUCGGGCACCACACAGGUCACUGUUAGCCCAGGCCAGCCUCAUCAGCAGGGGCAUCAUUCACAUCAACACUUAAUGCAGCAGCAGCUUAUGGCCACUGCUCGUCCAGAACACUCAAAUCAACAGAUCCAGCUAACAGUGAGUGAAGACGGCAUAGUGACGGUAGUGGAGCCGGGCGGCAAAUUAGUAGACAAGGAUGAGUUGCACGAAGCCAUCAAGAUGCCCACAGAUCACACGCUUACCGUUCAUCAAUUACAGCAGAUCGUAGGCCAGCAGGUCAUAGACAGUGUUGUUCGUAUAGAGCAGGCUACGGGCGAACCUGCAAAUAUCCUAGUAACUCAUAAUCCCGAUGGUACCACUUCAAUAGAAGCUAGCGCUGGUGAUCAACUUAUCGUUAAGGAUGAGAAGAACACUGCCAAACUUGAGACUGCACAGUAUGCCGAAAUUAAAGAUAUAAAAGGAAUAGAUUUAAAGAGUGUGGGAGCAAUGGGUAUGGAAGGAGCAGUUGUAAAAAUUUCUGGUGCUUCGGAGCACGAUCUUCAUGCCAUGUAUAAAGUUAAUGUAGAAGAUUUAUCGCAGCUGCUAGCUUAUCAUGAAGUGUUUGGAAAACUUAAUGCUGAGGGACAGCAACAAACAAAACAAGUGGAAGUAGAAGUAGAAGCAGGAACAAGUACCGCAAUGUCUGAAGCGGAAUCAUCACCUGGUCAUCAUUCUUGUGACAUCUGUGGAAAGAUAUUCCAGUUCCGCUAUCAGCUUAUUGUUCAUAGGCGAUACCACGGCGAGAGCAAACCAUUCACAUGUCAAGUAUGUGGUUCAGCAUUUGCCAAUCCAGUUGAAUUGUCAAAACAUGGAAAGUGUCACCUUGCUGGUGAUCCAGCUGAUAGGCAAACCAAGAGAAUGACUCAAGAUAAGCCAUAUGCUUGCACCACUUGCCACAAGACGUUCUCACGUAAAGAGCAUCUCGACAACCACGUCCGCAGUCACACUGGAGAAACGCCUUAUAGGUGUGAGUUCUGCGCUAAGACAUUCACUCGUAAAGAACACAUGGUGAAUCAUGUACGUAAACAUACCGGCGAGACUCCGCACCGCUGCGAGAUAUGCAAGAAGAGCUUCACCAGGAAGGAGCACUUCAUGAACCAUGUCAUGUGGCAUACUGGCGAAACACCGCACCGUUGCGACUUCUGUUCAAAGACAUUCACUAGGAAAGAGCAUUUGCUGAAUCACGUACGCCAACACACAGGCGAGUCGCCGCAUCGCUGCAACUUCUGCUCGAAGUCAUUCACGAGACGGGAACAUCUCGUCAAUCAUGUACGCCAGCACACCGGCGAGACGCCGUUCCAAUGCGGAUAUUGUCCUAAGGCGUUUACAAGAAAAGACCAUCUUGUGAACCACGUGAGGCAACACACCGGCGAGUCGCCUCACAAGUGUUCCUUCUGCACGAAGUCCUUCACUCGGAAGGAACAUCUCACGAAUCACGUGAGACAACACACUGGCGAAUCACCUCAUAGAUGCAGCUACUGCGCCAAAUCAUUCACCAGAAAAGAACAUCUGACCAACCAUAUCAGGCAACAUACAGGCGAGACCCCGUUCAAGUGCACGUACUGCUCGAAGUCUUUCUCACGCAAGGAGCACCUCACGAACCACGUGCACCUUCACACCGGCGAGACUCCGCACAAGUGCGCAUUCUGCACUAAGACCUUCUCGAGGAAGGAGCAUUUGACCAACCAUGUCAGAAUACACACGGGCGAAUCUCCUCACCGCUGCGAGUUCUGUCAAAAGACGUUCACUCGUAAGGAACACUUGACCAACCACUUCAAGCAGCACACGGGGGACACGCCGCAUGCUUGUAAAGUAUGCUCGAAACCAUUCACCAGAAAAGAGCAUUUAGUCACGCAUAUGAGAUCGCAUAGUUGCGGCCAGAGACCGUUCAGUUGUGUCGAGUGCGGUAAGUCUUUCCCUUUGAAAGGCAAUCUUCUGUUCCACGAGAGGUCACACAAUAAGGCCAGAGCUGCCAGUGGCCAUCGGCCUUACCGGUGUGACAUAUGCUCCAAAGACUUCCUAUGUAAAGCUCAUCUAGUGGCUCAUCGGCGAACGCACACGGAAUCUGGUGAGCCUACCGCUACAGGAGAUGCUCCAGCGGAAAGUGAAGACUGUGGUGAUUGCAAUAAGUGUGAUAAGAUCGACCCAGAGAGGCCUGAAAGAAAACAUGAAAUCAGGCCGACGACAGAAAAUAGACCGGCAGAAAAUAAUGUCACUCAAACCCAACAAAGCAACCCAGCUGUGAUGCAAAUAACGAGUCAGGAGGUCCGCGCGGCGGCGGCGGCGACUAGUGCGGCGAGUGUACCUACUACGUUCACUGUGAGCGCUCAACACCACGCCGGCGCCACGCUCUCACACCAUCCUGUCACAGUCAACUACUAGCACCCCGCCACACUCCGCUACGACCAGUACUAGUCUACCACCAUCAGGUGAAAGCUGACAUGACACAGAAUCGUCGCGGAGCUGAAGUUAAAUGACCAAAAUCGACAGCCAAUAUAGUUCUUCAAUUGGUUGGAGUUACGAAGACUUAACUUCAAAAACCGAAGAACAAAAGAGAUCACAUAUGAAGCAAUACUAAUAAACAUAUAAGUAUGUUUCCACAGAGAUAUGUACUUCUAAAAGCAGUUGACUGCAAAUGUAAUUUGACACGCGGAUUUUAAGGGGCUUAAGAUCUCCCUUAAAAACAAAUAAUUAUUACACACGCACGACCAAUGCUUCAAUUUUCCAGCCUCUAGGAAGAAGAUUCUUCCUCCUCCAGUGAUAUUCAUCCAUGAAAUGCCUACAAUAGAGAUGAAGCAAUGUAAAAAUGGUUUUGGUAAUAAAACCAUUUAGAUUUCUGCCUACCAAGAUAGUGUUGUGAAAAACUGGUGAAUGUGACUUGUGUAAAGUUUCUGACUAUUACAAACUGACUUACCAACAGUGAAAUGCUCACCAAUUCGAAGAAACUAAAGAGAGCUGUCAAUGACCAAUUAAUCCAAAACAAAACUUUUAAGUCUUGUCCCGUAAAUAACGGAAACUGAAAUUAUAGUUUGUUGUUUAUGUGUAAAUUAUUUUCUUAUACCAUUAAGCCAUUACAGCCAUUUUGUAAAAGCCAACAUUUAGUUUCAAAACUGUGAUAAUUUUAACUAUUUUUAACACUGUCUUGUAUAUAUUUAAUGGUCAAUACAUUUUUCUUAAACCGGCUAUGGGAUAAUACAUAAGGAAUGACAUUUUAUGUGGGCUAAUAUAACAGCACCACACUCUUGGUGAUAAGAGUUUUAUAUGAUUUCAAUAUUACAAUAAAGUUGCUAUAGAAACAUUGGGAAUUACUAAUAAUAUUUAACAGUUUUUGUUUAUUAGGUACUUUAAUAUUAGUCAUAUUUACAAUAUGUGGAUUGGAGAUAGUUACAAUAACACUCCAAAAUUUUUGUAUCUAAGUUUCCAUUUAUUAUAAGAGGGCAUGGAAACAAAUAGUUAAUGCUAGUUAACUGGAUUGAUUCUGAUAUAUUUUAUUUUAAUCUAAUCUGGUUUGUACAGAAUCAAGCUACAUUUUCUGUUUUUGAUAAUAAUGAACAUUACUUGUAUAUAGAUACUUUAAAUCAUGAUUCUAUUUUACAAAUUUCUUCUUUUUUCAUAUUUUCUUGAAUUCUACCAUGCGUUUUAAUAGGCUGCAUAAUAUUUAUGUUGAUAGAUGUGUGAGCAUAAAUAAAUAUCGUUUCUAACUCAAAACUUUUUACUGGAAACAUAGCUGACAUAUAAAUUUUCUACAACAAAAUCUGGAAAUUUAUAGCAAAUAAAAAUUGGGUUUGUGAAUUAAAUCCAAAUUGAUUCAAACGAAGCAUUUGACAAUGGAUUCUUCAAUGUCGUAAUAAAAUAAAAUAAAUCUACAUUCCUAUCACAUGUUUUUGUUAUCAAAAAGAAAGCUGAUGAUUCUGAUUAUUUUCAGAAAAAUGGUUUUUCCACAAAAUUCCUUGCAACUUUAUUUUUAAAAUUAAAUAUGUCAGGGACCACUUCUAGCAAUAUUAAUUACUUGCUUCUUCCCAUUGUCAGCAAUUUUCUAAAACCCUAUGAUGAUUAUCACAGGAUUACAUAUAUAAGGAUGCGUCUAGAGGUUUAAUAAAUAUUCUUUGCCAUGUAUUUACAGUACAAGUGUGAUAAAUCAUUAUUUUAAGAAAAUACUAAUGUACAGAAGAAAGUUUGGCAGAUUGUAUUUGCUUAGCUUAGCAAUAUCGCCAGUAUGCGAAGUGGUGUUGUAAUCACUUUGUGGUUUAUAUGACACAGCUUGUUAUAAAAAUUAUAUAAUAGCUUGUAUUUACUUGUACAUAACUAGCAAUUACCUAUUAGUAUCAUGUAGCAAACUUAAAAGAGUAAUAAAAUAUCAUAUGUCUAACGUUAACUAUGCAUGAAUGUGAAAAAAAUGGAUAUGGUACGAUUCAGAAUCGUAUGUCUGAUUGUAAUUAGAACUUUCUAAGGUGAUGAAACAUUGAGAUAGUUAAUGCUAACUAAACAGCAACUCAAUGGUACCACACUAAUUUAUAUUUUAUAGAAAAUCUAAUACAUAGACACAAUAGUAUGUAUGUACUAAAAAUAAUUUAUGUUAUUUGAUAUGAAUGAGAUUAAAAAGGGAAACAUU